AUGUCUAGUUCCCAUUCUUUACCGAACCAACAAGAAUUCGAUAACAACGAUCUGUCUAUUGAUAUGUCAACCAAGUUUUCAAAUAAAUUAUCUGGUGUAUCCUCGUCAACUAUUUUAUUAAGAAGUGAUUCAUCAGCAUCAACAUCAUUAAAUGAAUCUGGUCAACUAGCUGCUAAUAAACGUGCUGUUAAAUCAUGUUUCUGGUCGACUGUUGUAUUCUCAAUAAAUUUUAUUUCAUCAAUUCUUGUUAUUAAUUUAGCUAAAUGGAUUUAUGUUAAACAUCAUUUUCCUAAUUUAACAUUAACAACAAUAAAUUUUUUUGUAACUUUUUUUCUUUUACUUGGUUGUAUGCAAGCAAAAAUAUUUACUUAUGUUAAAUUACCAAUUUUUAAUAUGAUUCCAGUAUCGGCAUGUUUUGGUGGCUUUAUUGCAUUCAGUAACCUUUCACUUCAAUAUAAUACUGUUGGGACAUAUCAACUUAUUAAAUUACAAGUAACACCAACUGUGAUGUUGAUCAGUUGGUUAUUUUUUAAAGCAGAAUAUUCAUUACCAAUUGUCGUUUCAUUUAUUCCAGUUUUUGUUGGAACAUUAAUUAGUACUUAUUAUGAUUUACAAUUUAAUGUAUUUGGUCUUUUUUGUGCUAUAACAUCUGUAGCAUUUACUGCUAUGUAUCAAAUACUUGUUGAAUAUUAUCAAAAAGCAUAUAAUUGUGAUUCAUUACAGUUAUUAUUUUAUCAAGCUCCACUUUCUGGUCUAUUACUUUUAUUUUUUCUGCCAUUUUUUGAACCAAUAACUGAGUUACAUAAAUUUAUGACAUAUGAUAUUAUUGUUCUAAUAUUACUUUGUGGUAUUGUUGCAUUUUUUGUUAACUUUAGUAUUUUUUGGGUGAUUGGAAAUUUAUCAGCUGUUGCAUAUAAUAUGAUUGGACAUUCAAAAACAUUAUUAAUUAUAUUUAUUGGUUCAUUUAUAUUUAGUGAACCACUUAAUCAACGACAAAUAUUUGGUUUAUGUUUUACAAUGCUUGGAAUGACAACAUCAUCGUCUUAUGCAAUUGGGAUUGAUGUUGGAACAGGAAGUGUUCGUUGCAUGAUUUUUGAUGAUAAAUGGACGCCGGUUGUUCAAUGUCAAAAACCGAUUCGUACAUAUCAUUCAUCAUCUGCUCCGCUUGAAUACGAACAAUCAUCAACGGAUAUUUGGCAAGCAAUAUGUUAUUGUGUUCGAAAAUGUCUUGAACUUGGAUCAUUUACAUCUGAACAAAUAGAACUUAUUCGUUCGAUUGGUUUUGAUGCAACAUGUUCUCUGGUUGUUCUUGAUGAAAAAUAUCAACCUGUUAGUGUUUCUCUUUCGGGUAACGAUGAACAGAAUAUAAUUAUGUGGCUUGAUCAUCGAGCACAUGCUGAAGCAGCUAUAAUAAAUUCAAGUUCCGAUGAUGUUUUAAAAAAUUUUGGUGGUAAGAUUAGCCUUGAAAUGCAGCCAGGAAAAUUAAUGUGGCUUAAACGUAAUUUAUCUAAAGAACAAUGGAUACGCGCACGACAUUUUUUUGAUUUACCAGAUUAUUUACAUUUUCGUGCAACAGAACAAUUAGAUCGAUCACUUUGUUCAUCUGUGUGUAAAUUAUGUUAUCGUUCAUCGGAAGCACAACAUGGAUGGGAUGAAAAAUUUUGGGCUAAAUUUGAUUUAGAUGAUUUAAUGGAAAAGAAAGGUGAAAAAUUAGGUCAACUUGUUCGUAAACCAUUUUCAAACUCGAAUACUGAUCUCUUAAGUAAAAAAGCUGCAGAUGAACUCGGUUUACCAGAAGGAAUUCAUGUUGGUUCACCAUUAAUUGAUGCAUAUGCAGGAGCAUUAGGUGGAUUAGCAUGUAAAUCUCCAAUAGCCGAUGCUCAUCUCACUGAACGAUUGAUUAUUGUUGCAGGUACAUCGAGUUGUUUUAUGGCAUGUAGUGAAAAAGCAGUUUUUGUUCCUGGAGUAUGGGGUCCACAUUAUAAUGUUCUUAUUCCUAAUCUAUGGCUUAGUGAAGGAGGUCAAUCAGCAGCUGGAAAAUCUAUUGAUCAUGUAAUACAAAUACAUCCAGCUUAUAAUGAAUUAAAACAAUUAUCAGAUGAACAAAAUAGAAAUAUAUUUGAUAUACUUAAUGAAAUUUUAAAUAAUUUACAAAAGAAAAAUAAUGUUGGUAAUGUAUCAUUAUUAAAUGGUGAUUUACAUAUGACAAUUGAUUUUCAUGGUAACCGUUCACCAUUAGCUGAUCCAGAAUUAGGUGCUUCAAUGACUGGUCUUCGUUUUGAUACAUCAUUAAAUAAUUUAGCAAUACAAUAUUUAGCUGUAUUACAAGCUGUUGCUUAUGAUAGUCGACAUAUAAUUGAAACAAUGACUAAAUCUGGUCAUCAUUUUCGUGUUGUACAAAUUUGUGGUGGUUUAGCACGAUUACCAUUAUUAACACAACUUAUUGCUGAUGUUGUUCAAAUGCCUGUUUAUGUUUCGGAAGCAACUAAUGAUUGUGUUCUAUUAGGUGCAGCAAUAUGUGGUCAAUUAAUAGCUGAUAAUGCACAUCAAGUAGAAGAUUUACUUAAUAAGAUAGCAUGUCCAAUUCAAAUAUAUAUGCCGGAUUCUAAAAUAGCUGAUUUUCAUAAAGAUAAAUAUGAAAUUUAUCGUUUAUUACAACAAAUAGAAAUUAAUAGUCGUAAACAAAUGAGUAAAUAUUCUCAAUCAUAA